CCGUGGUUUGGGGUUUAUGCGAUCGAACAAGUGGCAUGAGGCCCGUCAGUACAAAUUGAUACAACGCGACGCUUUCCUUUAUUUCCUCUUGCUUUUAUCUCUCUCGAUAACAGAUUUCUGAAUUUCAGUGGCGCUCACCACGGCUAGUACUGAUGUUCAACGCGAGUCUCCAGGAGACUCUCGCCCGCUACUCUGAUCCAUCUCGAAAUCCAUACACGAAUGUAUUCCGAUCACAGACCUCUGAGCCGAGUUCGUCGCAGCAUCCGGCGCAAACGCUGCAUCCCGGACUUGGCGUAUCCUUUGGCGUUACUUCCGCAAACCAAUGGAGGCUACACUUGAAGUUAGACAUAGAAGCGCCUGAACAACCCGUGCAAGUGCUGGACUCCAGAGGAUUUUAUAUCCAGUUACCGACUUUGAGGACCCAUACCCAGCCGUGCACGCAGCAGGUUCUACCAGAGCAUGUCAAUUUUGUCGCGUCUUCACGUCGCACAGGUGAGGAGUUAGCCAAUGCCGUGCCAGCUCCUACACACGACGCUGCAAAUGUGAUUCACAAGCAAUUCGAAAAUUCCGAUGUUACCCGAAGACUCUCGUCAGAAUCCCAUGUUCCCCCAAGGUUCUGGUCCAAAUAUCAAUCAGACUCUGAAUCUACCAACGAUAUAACAAGCGUCGUGCCGCCUCCUGCCAGUACCGUGCCACCUCGGCCACUCGCGAGUUACGAUAACAAACCGCCUGUACACCCCUGCCACCAAAGGUCGCCUGCCAGUACUGUGUCACCUUCCGCGUCUGGCAGCCAUGUAGACCCUAUCGUUACUGCCGACAAAUUAGACGCCUCAUCUAUGCCAGAAAUAUCUAGGCCUGCAAACGUAGGCAAUGCGACGGCGGAGAAAGAGAAAGGGGGAACGGAUGAGAGGGAGGCAGAGGGGAGGGAUAGUGAAAGGAUGGAUAAUGAAAGGACGGAUGCUGAAAGGACGGAUGCUGAGAGAAUGGAGACUGAAAGAAUGGAGAACGAGGGAAUGGAGACACUGAAGACUGAAAGAAUGAAGACUAAGAGACACGAGUCGGCAACCAGGGAGGCAGAGCCAAAGAGAGAGCCUCGCGCGUCUACAACCACAAAUACCACCAAACUUCUCCGAAUGGAGCGCAAGCUUAACAACAAGGAUCUCUUCAUGGGCUGGUUACAAAUCCGAGAGUGCAUCAGAACUUCGAUACCCUCGUGAGUGCAUAGCACCCAAGAUUGGCGAUGUCUAUAUCCACUCCUGCAAGAAAGAAGGAAAACAGAGGUUUCAGCUAUGGGUGCGGCAGAUCAACCGUGGGAUGACCAUCUGGGUGAAAGCGCACAUUUUCCACAUACACCCCAAGUUACUCGAUCGCAGGUUAACGCUGAUGUCGACCGGUGAACCUUACUGGACGACGAGAACUUCGCUUUCGGCUUCAGGAAGUAGGGACAGAGCUAGCAAGAUGGCAGAAAUGAUUCUCGAUAACUAGCCAGGUCACCGGCUUGGUCCUGCACACGACAUUACUUUACACCAACUAUACACUGAC